GACCCCAUAGACAACUGCUUUCAGCCAGUUUUGUAGCAAAUUGCUCACAAGAAUGUUUCCAAUGGUAAGAGUCUACUAUAUCCUUCUGCCUAUUACACAAAGAUUUGUCUGUGGCCUGUAGAUAUCUGGUUGUUCCCAACCCACUUAUUGAUUGUUUUGUUUCCCUAAAGUCCCCCAAAUUUCAGUGAAACAUGAAUAUCAGUACUUGAAUAUCAGCCCGUUUGCUUCCUGUGUUGCUAUGCUAAGACUAAGUAGUGCUGUUAGUGAUUUUUGUUCUAUGUUGCUGUCUUGUUUCAUUUCAUCUUUGUUUUUAGAAGUGUGUGGCUGCGGAGUGAAUGUCAUCCUCCACCUCAUCAUGGGAAUACCACCUGCUUUGAAAGUACACACACCUGCCAGGUAAAACACAGCAUCCACUGCUCCAUCUCUCUCUCUGGGACUCAUGUACGCUUCAUUAGUCUUGUACUAACAGAUGCAGGGAGAAACCAGAAACAAAGUCAUGCUUUUAAUCUUAGUAUUUGUGCUCCCAUGCUAAAUCCACUGUAGCUGAUUAGCUUUGCUGGAGCACUGCUGUACUCGGUGCGUGUAACCUUGAGCAUAUCUGCAGGCUACAUCUCUGUAACUGGUGCUCCAGUACUGAGGUUAACACAGACACUAUAAUCAGAGAAGUGUCCCUGGCUGGUACAACAUACAGUUUCUGGGUCACUCCUCAGCCCUUUGAGAGGGCCUCCAUCCAUAUGAGCAACAGAGGGAGACAGAGAGAGAGGGUGGGAGAGAGAGAGAGGGAAAGGUAUUUAUAGAAAAAUGGGGCUUCGCAGUACCUUUUCUUGCAAAGAACCAUUUCAGGACCAAGUGAGCGUGUCCCAGUUUUCUGAUCAUCGCUCAGCCAUAGGGUUUGGACUGAGGCUGAGGCUGGACCGCCUCAUCCAGGAUGGAGAGCCUGACUUUCAGACGCUCUCCCCUCUCCUCUGGCCUCCCUCUCCUCAGCUAUAGACAGCUGGUUCUCUGAUUGAGAACAGGGGGGAGGCACUGGCCUGUAUAACCUACAGAUGUGACCUUUUAGGUGUGCUUGAUUUGCUCUAGCUGGGUAGAGACUUUUGGAGGCAGUGAGCUCAGGUGAGGAGCAGCACGAGGGUGUCCGAGGGCACUCUUUGGGCUGCGACGACCCCCAGGCCGGGGGUGAAGAGAGGCUGGCUGGAACGUGCCCUGCCGCAAGCCGGGCAAGGAUGAGGCGUUUCCUGAGCAGAAAGGGCCGCUUCUCCCUGCGCCAGAGCAAAUCCGGGACCCGGAGUGCCUCCAAAGAUUUCUACCUCGGUCUCCCAGCCACCAAUCAGAACUGGCCUGAGGCGUUUGGUUUCCGGCUGGGUGGCACUGGUCCCAGCUAUAUCCUAUCUGUGGUGGAGGGCAGUAGCGCAUACCUGGCUGGCCUCCAGCCUGGGGACCAGGUGGUGGACAUCGAGGGCCAGGAUGUGACCAACCUCAGUACACCGGCGCUGAUCGCCCUGGCUCAGACCCUCAAGACCGUACCACCCAGUAUCGGAGUGGUGUCGCGGAUUGAACAGAUUGACAUCACCCCUGGCCCUGAUGGCCGUUUUGGAUUCACUAUCGUUGGAGACAGCCCUCUGAUGGUGGAGGACUGCAUGCCCAACGGUCCGGCCGGUCGCAGUGGCCUGAAAGCUGGGGACUAUGUCAUGGAGGUCAACGGCAUCCCGGUGAAGCAUCACGAAACGGCGGCGGCCAUGAUAAAAGCCGCUCAGGGUCGACCUCUGCGCCUGGGCGUGCUCAGUAUGGCUCGGCGACCCAAACGUCUGAGUAGCAGCAUGAGGGUGCUGUCGCAGAGCGGGGACAGCGUCAGGGAGAGUCGCGCUCACAAGGCCAUGGAGUUCAAUAAGAAGGUGGAGGAGGUGCUAGGCGAGGAGCCAGAUGUGAAGGAGCAGCUGUUUGAGGUGCUGAAGCAGUAUGCCGCUGAGAGGGAUGUGGAGAGUCUGGCCGAGGCUCUGCCUGAUAUCCUGAUCACUGAGGAGCAUCAGCAGCUGAUCGACAGUGUCAGGAUCUUCAUUCCCAAGAAGCACCGGGAGCGUUUUGACGAGGUGGUUUCCCAGAGCCUGAUGAGCCGGCUCAAGGGGCGGAGCUUCAGCGACCCCAGCCGUAACCGCCUUCGCCGUAGCCGGAGCGAGGAUCACCCCGAGCGCCUCCUGGUCUCCACCCGCGCCAGCUCAGUGCCACGCACCCACGCAGAGGAAGGCGUGGUCCCACCCGCCCGCGGCAUGCGCAAGACCACCUCGCUCAUAGCCGGCCACUCCAGUGGCACCACCAACUGCAGGACAGUGAGAGUGUGCAAGGGCAACAUGAGUUUUGGCUUCACUCUUAGAGGUCAUGCUCCUGUGUGGAUUGAUUCUGUCAUCCCCGGAAGCCCAGCAGACAAGGCAGGUCUAAAACCAGGAGACCGCAUUCUGUUUCUCAAUGGACUGGACAUGAGGACCUCCUCCCAUGAGAAGGUGGUGUCCAUGCUGCAGGGCAGUGGUGCCAUGCCCACUCUGGUGGUGGAGGACGGCCCGCCCACUUUCACCCUAGCAGAGCAGGACCUCGCAGGGGGCGGCGUUCCCACUGAACGCGCCCGCUCCCCUGUGCUCAGCUCCCUGCAGUGGGUGGCAGAGAUUCUGCCUCCCAGCAUCAGGGUUCAGGGCCGUACCUUCGGACAGCAGCUGGAGCACCUGCUGACCAUCCAGGAGAGGUACACCAUCUGCAAGGCCUUGGAGAACUUCUUCCAGCACAGGAAUGUUGACACUCUGAUCGUGGAUGUGUUCCCGGUGCUGGAUACUCCGGCCAAACAGAUGAUCUGGCAGUUUGUUUACCAGCUGCUGACGUACGAGGAACAGGAGCACUGCCAGAGCAAGAUCUCACGCUUUCUCGGAUUCAAGGCACCAGUUCCACCACCACCACCACCACCUCCCCCUCCUCCGGAGCCUGAGGUUGCCCCUGAACCCCAUCGCCGUAGCAGCUCCAUGAGGGUAACAGGGACCACGUACAGGAGCAGUGUGAGGGGACGUAGCUCUGAUGACCUGGUCAUUGGCACACACUUGGGCAUGGGCCUCCGUGCAGAGCCAGUGCUGGAGACAGGGAUGAGGUUGGCUCCAGGCGAGCGACAGUCAGGAGAUGGCACCUCCCUUCCUGAGACUCCUAACAAUCUCACCAAUCUGUCAGCGGUGUACGCUGAACUGGAGAACAUGUAUUCAACCAAGAGGUCCAAGUCUCUGAAGAGCCGCCCUCCUCCUGCCCCUGAGAGUUUGCUGGAUCUGGAACCUCCUUCGCGCUCAGCCUCCCCUACAGUACAUGCUAACACAGGUAGCCGUAAAGGCCCCCCACCUCCUACAUCCUGGCCGGAGCCUCUCCCCAGCCCCCCUCCAGCCCAGUUCUACCCAUCAGGUUUAACCAGCCAGACCAGUGGGGAAUCCAACCCCUACAUCAGCUUGGACAGUCCCCCACCCUCACCCCCAGAGCCCGCUGACUACCCGUCUAGUCCUCCAGCCCAUCGCAGCAGCAAGCGGCGUUACACCUUCUCCAAACCACCCCGUUCAGAAGACACAGAUCGCUUUCUGGAUGCACUGAGUGAGCAGCUGGGACAGAGGGUGGCCAUCAUUGACGACUUUCUGACUCCUGAGAAUGACUACGAAGAGGAUGUUGUGCAGAUGGGCUUCCCAGAUGAGGAGGAUGAAGAUAACGAAGAGGAGUUGGGUGUGGAUGAAGAAGAAAAUGGAGGAUUUGUGGCCCCAGAGCUGAGCAGCCCGAGCGAUGUCCAAAGCAGCAGCGGAGAAGAGAAUGCCUCCUCUCUCACCUACUCCUCAUCCUCUGACCACAUCCCUCCUCCCCCCAUGACCCCUCCUCCACCCCCUCCUGUUCAGUUCAAUGACCCACCUCCUCCUCCCCCUCCAGCGCCUGCACAGUCCCUGCCCCACUCCCUGUCUGAUCCCACGGAGCACCUGGAGCCCCCUCCCCCUCCACCCCUGCCCCCACCCUGCUCCCCUCCACCACUGCCAAGGCCCAGUCUGUCCAGGAUGGACUCCAACCACAUGAGUGUGAAGAGGUUGCGCUGGGAACAAGUGGAAAAUUCAGAGGGGACUAUCUGGGGACAGUUGGGAGCAAAUUCUGACUAUGAUAAACUGCAUGACAUGGUGAAGUAUCUGGAUCUUGAGCUGCACUUUGGAACACAGAAGAGCUCCAUGCCUGCUCCAGAGCCAACCCUCCAGCCAGAAACCUUCAAGAAGAAAGAUGUGAUAGAAAUUCUGUCCCAUAAGAAGGCUUACAAUGCCUCCAUCCUGAUAGCCCACCUGAAGCUGUCUCCUGGGGAGCUACGUCAGGUGCUGAUGAACAUGGUCACUGAUAGACUGGAGCCAGCCCACAUCAAACAGCUGCUGCUGUAUGCCCCCGACGCAGAGGAGGUCAAAAAGUAUGAAGAGUACAGACAGGACCCCAGCAAACUCAGUGAGCCAGACCAGUUUGUGUUGCAGAUGUUAUCAGUACCAGAGUACAAGACACGCCUGCAGAGCCUCCUCUUCAAGUGUUCCCUACAAGAGAAGACAGAGGAGUUGAGGGGAGCGUACGACUGCAUCUACAAGGCCUCUAUGGAGCUGAAGACCAGCAAGAAGCUGGCUAAGAUACUAGAGUUUGUGCUGGCGAUGGGAAACUACUUGAAUAACAGCCAGCCUAAAACCAACAAGACCACAGGCUUCAAGAUCAACUUCCUUACAGAGUUGAGCACAACUAAAACAGUGGAUGGGAAGUCAACAUUUCUUCAUAUUCUGGUCAAGUCCUUAUGUCAGCACUUUCCUGAAGUGUUGGAUUUUUCCAAAGAUCUAACCAUGGUUCCUCCUGCAGCCAAAGUAAACCAGAGGACUAUCACGUCAGAUCUGAAUGACCUUCACACAACCAUACAAGACAUUCGCUCAGCCUGUCAGAAGAUGCCUGCGACUGCUGAGGACCGUUUUGCUGUUGUCAUGAGUAACUUUUUGGAAAACAGUCACCCAGCAGUCCAGUCUCUGGAGUCCCUGCAGCAGAGAGCAAUGGAGGAAUUCAGCAAAACUGCCUCUUACUUUGGAGAAGACAGCAAAGCCACCAACACCGAGGCCUUCUUUGGUAUUUUUGCUGAGUUCAUGAGCAAGUUUGAGCGAGCUCUCAGUGAUCAUCAGGCUGCAGAAAACCCGAAGAGCCCCAGGAGUCCACGAAUGGCCUCCCCACUGGCCUGGUAACACACACACACACACACACACACACACACACACACACACUCACUCAACUACAUAGUUCAUAAAGUGCAUACGUGUUGUUCACAGACAAAAUGUUCACAGACAUAUUCUGUACAUACAUGACACAAAUGCAAACAGAUACACACCACUCAAUGCACAUUUUUCAGCAAAAAAAAGUUUUUAUGUAUCGUGUAUGUAUGUGUUUUUGGUUAGAGACACAACGUUGUUUGCAUUUAUGAUAAUUUUGCAUCAUUCCAGUGGUGUGGUGUAUGUGUCCUUUCAAAAUGAAUCAAAGUUUUGUUGAAGUGUAAAGCUUUAAUGGCUAAGACCUCUACAUAGAACACAACCUUGUUUGGCCAUCAAGGUAUGUGUACUGUUUAAAAGAUAGCAACUCAGUAACAUCCUUUAAGUUUAGGAUUUCUUUCUCUACAUAAGCCUGAGUUUAGGUCACAGUGCGGUGUAACAAUUCUACAGUACAAUCUUUGUGAUAUAUGUUUGAAUAAGAUGUAGAUUUACAAAAAAAAUACAAUUUCUCCUGGAAUAGAUGUUUACUUAAAAUAUACCCACAUAUGGUCGUUAGUGGUUUGGAAGAAACCACACUAGCAGUUUUCCUAUUAGUGUACAUGUUCUGUAUUUUUCUAAGCCACCCACCACUUUGAAUGUAAUAUAAGUUCUUUACUGACUAAGUGUAGCUUAUUUUCUCAAGUAAAUACUCACAUCAGCUUUGCCAAUGAUGGAUUCUUUGAUUUUUUUUUGCAUUGUGUUUAUACCCCCAUUUCAGUGGAUUUUCUUACCACAUCAGUCGUAGCUUUAAGACCUUUCUUUUCCUAAAUGCUAUUGCUCUUGUACGACACCUCUAAUGAUACCAACUUGUACAUACUGUAUGAGACAGCAUCCGUGGGAAGUUGGCACUUACUACUUGAGUUUUUAAAAGACAAUUUUAACUGUUCUGAGGAUCAUUUUUAAUCUGGCUCAAGUCAGUAAGACACUAAUAACAGAUUGUUGAAAUGGGAUUAUGUGGCGCUCAGAGCGGGCAGUGUGCAAUAUGUCAAUGUUUAGCUGUGUUUCCGCUGUUAGAUAUUAUACUCAUUAACCUGUAACAGAGAUAUCUUGUGUUUGUACUGUACAGAAUGAGAGCGAAUGUAAUGAAAACAUAUGCUACAAUAUAUGAAGCACUUUGUUACUUUCAUGUGUUACAGAAAUAUUUCUUUUAUUGAUGAUGUUAUACAGACUGAGCAGGAAGUUAAACCACUGAGAGAACAGCAAUAUCAUUAAGUUCAGUGUAAGAGAUGCAGUAUUUUCCAUAAUUUUCAACCAAUAAUACAGCAUACCAGCUUCUCAGUUAUACCAGUGCUUUGUAAAACUUCUAGUCUCCAAGUGAUAUUUUUCAGUGUUAAGGUUAAGGUUAAGCUGUGCAUUAAAAGUAAAAGCUUUGUUUUCUUAUGGUAUAAGUUGUUUUUUCUGCUUAAAUUGCAGAACCUUGAAAGCAUUGCUGUCCAUUUAAGGCCUAUAAAGUGUUAAGUCUGUAUUUUGUAUUGUGUCCUAACAAUGCUGACAAAUAUAAAGAGUUGUAUGAAAUCUGAAAA